CCCAAAACAAAAAAAUAAACAGCGAAAUCAAAUUGAAGGCUUCAAGUUCUCACGUGUUUCACCGUCACAGCUUCUUCACUCAGCUGAUUUCAUCCCUUCAAUCUUGGUUGCAGAUCACUCCUUUGUCUAAUGCCUUUUAAAUUUUGAUUGCGCAUAUGAACCGUCAUAGAAGACUUUGAGCAAUCAAAUUAUAAUUGUUUUCAGAGGCAUAUCUUGCUGAAAUGGCCAAUAACCCUCAGUUUUCAGGUCUACAGCCUCUUCGGCCUCCUAUGGUUGGUUCUGUUGAUCCUCCUCGAAGUUUGCCGCCCAUGUCUUUUCAAUUCCGGCCAGUAGUUCCAGCACCACAUUCGCAGGAGUUCAUUUCUGUGGCUUCUCAAAAUUUUCAGCAUGUUGGUAGGGGUGUUCCGUUGAUGAAUGUUAGACUGCCUCCUCCAACUCACCAACCCCAGUUUUCGCAACCAAUGCAGCAGUUACCUCCAAGAUCUGGUCAGGCAGGUCAUGGUAUGCUGCCAUCACAGGCCAUUCCAUUGCCAGUUAGUCAGCCCAACAGGAACUUUGCAUCUGAAUUGCCCCUACCUCAGCCUAAUUCACAAGGUCCAAAUAACGCCAUGCCUAACUUAGGUGGCCCACGAACACCUCUCUCUUCAUCAUAUACUUUUGCACCUUCUUCUUAUGGUCAAAUGCCAAGAAGUUUUAAUGACUCCACCCAGUAUCAGUCUAUAUCUCAAUUGCAUGCACCUAAUGUUUCAUCAGAGGGACAAGUUACACCUCUGCAGCACACCGGCGAACGGCCUGCUGUAACCUCUUCCAGUGCUCCAGAAACAGGUGUACGGCCUAACCCUGCUGGAGGGACCGUGGCAGAAUGGAGAGAGCAUACAUCUGCUGAAGGAAGAAGAUUUUAUUACAACAGGAGGACAGGAUUAUCUACUUGGGAGAAGCCUUUUGAAUUGAUGACACCAUUGGAGAGGGCAGAUGCAUCAACUAACUGGAAGGAAUUCACCAGUCCUGAUGGAAGAAAGUAUUACUACAACAAAGUCACAAAAGAAUCAAGAUGGAUUAUGCCUGAGGAACUGAAGUUGGCUCGAGAGCUUGUAGAAAAGGCGCCUGUGAAGGAAAUGCAACAAGAAAUGCUUGUAAAUCAUCAUGCUACAGUCACCGUUUCCCCCCCUGUAGCUGAAGCUGAUACGCUAGUCAAUGCUGCCCAAGUAGCAUCAAGUCCUGUUUCUGUGGCACCUGUUAUUGCCACUGGUGAUGGUGAUGUUCAAACUGCUGCAGCAUCAAGAUCAUCUACCUCACCUGUUGUGGCUUCUCCUGUAAUAGAAAAUCCCAAUGGAGUUCACACACCUGUUGUUGUACCAUCUUCUGCUGUGUCAAGUGCUGAAGCUGCUGUUACAAUCAACGAUACUGUUGCAGAACCAAUGUACUGUCAUUUAACUGCUCAGGAUUUUGUUAGUUCUGCUGAUGUAGUUCCAGUACAGGAGAAUGAGGAAGCUACGGAUGACGUAACAGGAAAGAAAAUUAAUGAUAUUUCAUCAGAAGAAAAACCAGUUGACCGGGAACCCAUAAGUUAUGAAAAUAAAUUGGAGGCUAAAGAUGCAUUUAAAGCACUCCUGGUGUCUACCAAUAUUGGUUCUGAUUGGACUUGGGAUCGGGCCAUGAGGGUGAUAAUUAAUGACAAAAGAUAUGGUGCUCUGAAAACACUUGGAGAGCGGAAGCAAGCUUUUAAUGAGUUCUUGGUACAAAGGAAAAAACAAGAGGCUGAGGAAAGACGUAUCAAACAGAAAAAGGCACGGGAAGAAUUCAAAAAAAUGUUGGAAGUAAGUUAUGUUCUNNCAUCGUCCACAAGAUGGGGAAAAGUAGAGAGCAUAUUUGAACACGAUGAACGCUUCAGAGCUGUUGAACGAGAUAGAGAUCGCAGGGAUAUGUUUGAAAACUAUGUAGAGGAACUCCAAAAGAAAGAACGAGCAAAGGCAAUGGAGGAACGUAAGCACAAUAUAAUGGAAUACAGGCAAUUCUUGGAAUCUUGUGACUUCAUCAAGGCAAGCAGCCAGUGGCGAAAAGUUCAAGAUCGUUUAGAGGCUGAUGAGAGAUGUUCACGUCUUGAAAAAAUUGAUCGUUUGGAAAUUUUCCAGGAAUAUCUGCGGGAUCUAGAGAAGGAAGAGGAGGAGCAGAGGAGGAUACAGAAGGAAGAAUUGAGAAAGACAGAACGUAAAAACCGUGAUGACUUCCGCAAAUUGAUGGAAGAGCAUCUCGCUGCAGGCACUCUUACGGCUAAAUCUCACUGGCGUGAUUAUUGCAUGAAGGUUAAAGACCUACCUACAUAUCUUGCAGUUGCAUCAAACACCUCUGGUUCAACUCCGAAAGAUUUGUUUGAAGAUGUUGUUGAGGAACUACAGAAACAAUAUCAUGAGGAUAAAACUCGAAUCAAGGAUGCCGUGAAGUUGGGAAAGGUCAUGCUUACAUCAACCUGGAAGCUUGAAGACUUCAAAACUGUUAUAUCAAAUGAUAUUGGCUCUCCACCCAUAUCAGAUGCCAACUUAAAGCUAGUUUUUGAUGAGUUAUUGGAACGAGUGAAGGAGAAGGAGGAGAAAGAAGCUAAAAAACGUAAACGUCUUGCAGAUGACUUCUCUCAUCUCUUAUCUUCUAUCAAGGAGAUGACUCCAUCUUCUAAGUGGGAGGACUACAAAUCACUUCUUGAAGGUAGUCAAGAGUGCAGUGCUAUUGGUGAAGAGAGCUUCUGCAAGGAGAUAUUUGAUAAGCAUGUAAUGCAACUGAAAGAACAAGCAAAAGAGAAAGAGAGAAAACGAAAAGAGGAAAAGGAAAAGAAGGAAAAGGAGAGAGAUGAUAGAGAAAGGAGAAGGACGAAGCAGAGAAGAGAAAAGGAGGUAGAAUAUGAAAGAGAAAGAGAGGAACGCCUUAAGAAAGAUGGUUUAGACAGUGAGACUGCUGAUGUAAUGGACAUUCAUGAUUCCAAAGAGAAAAAGAGGUCUGGGAAAGACGAUAAUAAGAAACAUAGGAAGCGCCACCAUAGUGAUGAAGAUCAUGCCAAUGGAAAUGAGAAUGAUCGGUCGAAAAGAUCUCAUGGAUCUAGCAGUGACCACAAGAAAUCAAGACGGCAGGCACCUGGUCAUGAAUCAGAUACCGAAAGCAGACAUAGAAGACAUAAAAGAGAUCAUCGGAAUGGUUCUCGUAGAAGUGGUGAUCACGAUGAGCUAGAAGAUGGGGAAUUUGGCGAUGUUGGGGAAAGUCGGUAGUUGUUUCAUCCUACAAAUUGCUUAUGCCUGUGUUUAAACUUUUUUUAAUGUUGCCAAAAUAUAUGUUUUUCAUAUUACAAUCUUUGAACUUCUAGUGCUAUAAUAUAUAUUCAAAUAUAUAUUUUCCUUUUUGUUUACUAAGAAUUAGCUGUA